AUGAAAACAGAAGUUCUCGGAUACGGAAUUCCUGAAAAUAACAACACAUCUGAUACUGCGCCUGCACAAAACUUUGUAGAUACGACUGAAGAUGACGAAAAUAGGAAUGUAAGCUGAUAAGUAUUACUUCCAUGAUCUGUAUGCAUGUAAAUGGUAGAAAUGUUUUUAUAGUGUAAGGUCAAGUCCUCUAAAUAGACCAAAUUUCACAUUCUAUAAUUAUUUGGUAUAUAUAUAAAAAGAAUGUAAAGCUGUUCUAUAGGAGUAUUAUUUUAGGUCUGUUUAUCUUAAUGGUACAAUUUUACAAUGCGUGCAUGCCGUGCUUUUCUAUUUGUUAUUAAUUUUUGUCGGUUAUCAUAUUAUCUUCUGAUGACUCUUCGGAUAUUGAAAUAGCCUUUCCACCUAACUCAAUUGAUAUUGUGACUCCUGUGCAUUUGGAUAUAACUGAAGACGAUAGAGAUGUAAGUUGAAAAGAAUUAUUCAAUUUAAAAAUAUUUGAGUUCUUUAUAUAUUUGCAUGGCAUAAAAUAGUAAAUAAGUUUUGAUUUCGUGAAAACACCACGUAAAGUUUUUAUCGCAAAGCUUUCGUAAGCUCGGAUCUUCCUCAGUGCAAUUAGCCAUCUCCCAAUUGAGCAGGGUACUGGGUCUAGUAUAGGAUCAAUUUCGGUUAACCUAUUUUUGCGAGAGAACCUACGAUUAUCAACAGCUAAAAUGAUUAAUAGUAAUUAAUAAAAUUUUAUUAAUUAAUAUUCAUUAAUAUUCAUGAAAACAUUUUUGAGAAAUACAUGUUUAAUGUGUGUCUUUAUAUCUGAGAAAACACGGUUCAAAAUUAAACAUCUAUUCUCUCAACUAUUACAAUUUCUUUUAAUUAAAAUCUUUUGUAAAAUUAACUUUGAAACAAAUGAUAGCGGAUAAGAAUUAUUCGUAAUUUUGCAUUAAUUAUAACGGUCCGCGUGUUCGUAUCACGUAAACAAAUAAUUGCGCAAGCAUGCAGAAUUUUUACUAAAUGUGCAAGACAAAAAAUUACUAAAAUAUUUUUAAAAAACCUCACAAACCCAUCAAAAAAACCCAACAUAAGACAAACACAACAAACAAAAUUAACAAAUUAAUAUUAAGCAAAAAGCUUAGAACGUAUCGAGUCAGACUGAGUGUUCAAAGAUGGUUUCAGUUCCCUAAUGUAAAGCAUCUCGUAGCAUAGGCUGCCCAAAAAUGCGUGUUGAAAUUUUUACCCUCGCGCGUGGCGUUCGGGCAUGCAUCGAGUUUACUCAGUUUAUUAUUAUGACAAAUAAUAAUAAUAAUAAACUGAGUAGACUCGAUUUCAACAAAAAUUUCAACACGCAUUUUUGGGCAGCCUAUGCUCGGAGAGAAGGCGCUCAUACUUCCGUCGACACUUGCGCAGAAUCGAAAAGCACUUUUCAAUCCUUGAUGAGCUCUCUCCAUGAUUAUCGCGCAUAUGGAUUCCUACCACUGAUCGCUUGUGUUCAUCAAUGCGUUGAUGUAGGUGUCGACAAGAAUAGCCAACAUAAUCUGCAUCGCACAGACCACAUUUAAAUUUGUAAACAACGCAUUGAUGAUUCACAGGGGGCGGCUUCAGUUCCUGUACCUUGACAUCAUCACGAACCUUUCUACUUGUGAACACCGGUCGUAAAGCUUUCCCAAUCAACGAUCCAAGACCCGUGAGUUGUCUUCUCACAAUUAUCGUCCGAUUUUUGAUCUUUAAACGGCAAGAUAAGGCACACCACUAUUACACAUUUGUUUUGAAAAUUAGUUCGCCAAUGCCGUGCAUGAUCUACAUGUAACUGAGACGUUUUUGAAGCCGUUCAAUGAACUCGUAGAUCGUGUUCUAUAAUAAAACACUCAUUUAUUAAAAAUUACUUAAUAAUGGUAAAAAUAGUCAUAAUAUCUUAAAAACCAUUUUUAUUUUAUUCUUAUUCAUUUUCUAUCCAUUAUUACAGGUUAUCAUCGUAUCUUCUGAGGAUAAUUCGGAUUUUGAAAUUGACUGCCGCGAUCCGCCUGCGAAGAAAAAGUGAGUUAUCUGUCCGACUAGCUGCAUACGUUGUUUAUUGCACAUAUAUAUAGCUACCCAAUUGUUUUGGUCGCUCAUUCUUUGUAGGUUACGCACAAUAAAGAAACAGGAAAGCAGUGAUAGUCCAGAUGAUAGUGAAAACGAACGAGAAAAAGUUCUACGAAGGUAAAUUACUUGAUAUAUGAACGGUUUUUAUACAUUUGCGUUUUCAUGCAUGCUUUUAACAAGUUCCAUAUAAUUCGCUCAAAGUCAUUGUAAAUAAUUUCUCAAAAAUCUCAGGGUUUAUUAUAGGCAAGAUUAAUUUGUUUACUCUUGGUAUAGGAAUGCUGGCGAUCCUUAUAAAGGCGAUCAUUCUUUGCCAGUAUACCAGUGGGGAUCAGAAAAUACAAGCUCAGGCGACGUCUUAAAAAUCCUUUUAAAACCAGUUGAAGAGGCUCUGUUAUGUAAAAAGCCACCGAAAUCUGUAUCACACAACGUUUGUUUUCUUCUUGAUACAACAUUGCUUAAAUCAUCCAACGACUGGAAAUGUGACGACCUGGGUUCAUGGAAACAUAAUGGUAAUGGAUAUACUAGAUUUGCCAUUAGAAAUUGAGAAAUAUCUAUAAUCAACCAAGGCAAGGCAGUGGUAUCAGAUGAAACUACAUACACGUUAAAGAGAACAUACUACAAAAACAAAUCAUCUUAUGAUCUGAAUAAGUAUGCGUCAUACGUUGUAGGUAGGAUAUAUUUUGUCGUUAUACUUCUGUUUUCUAGAUCACCUCAAAAUAUUGUAUUUUUUCUAAGGGGUGGACUAAUAGAAAUCGCGGGGGGGGGCGGUGAAAAUUCCCCCCAAAAAAAAUCGUGCAAAGAAAAAUGCCUGUAAAAAAAUUUGCGCAGCCAUUACGUACGUCAGAGAAAAAAAAAUCGUGCAAGCAAACAGCAAAUUGCAAAUAGUCUUGAAAAAAAAUUCUUGCAGAGGCUAAAUGCAUAAAAAAAUCCUGCAGAGACAUAAGACUGAAAAAAAAUCGUGUCGCAAAAAUUUUAUACCCCCCCGCCCUCCAGAAUUUACAAUGGUCCGCCCCUAAUUUCAGUUUUCUAUUUUUGUAGAAUUUCCCAAUUUGAUUUUCUUACAAUAUGUAUUUACCGGGAAGGAGCAUCCAGUAGAAGUGGCUACUCAUGGCAACUGCAACAUGCGACUCGCUCCUGCAUACAUCAGAACGAAAGAAAGCACUGUCGAAAAACUGCGACAUGAAGCUAUUUCCAAAGUUCCAAAGGACGCAUACCAUAGAGUGAACAAGGAUCAGUGUGGUAUAAUGAAUGCCUCUUCAAUCAGCGACCUUCCCAGGAACUGCAUAAACAUAACUCAUUUGUUUAUUUUUUCUUUCAUAUCUUGCAUUUAUAUAUAGGUCUUGUAGAUGCAAACAACGCUGACGACUUUAUGACUAAAUUAUUAACCGUGAAAGAAUCGUGGAAUGCAAAAGAACAACAAUAUCUACCAACUGGCACUAAUGCUACAUUUUACGACUACAUAGCUGAAAGGGUUAGUAAUUAAAAUCAGUAUACGGAAAAAGAUCUAACCGUGCAUAUUUACAUUUGUGUUGUAAUUUAUUUUCUACAUUUACGUUUGUGUUUGUUGUUUUUGUUUUAAAAGUACAUCAUUGGUAAAGAAGAAUUUUAGUAAUAUCCAACAAAUACAAAAAACUAUUUAUUUAUUUAAAAAAAAAUAUUUAUUUAUUUCUUUCAUUUCUUGCUUAAGAGCGAUUGGAUCGUCCGCCAUCUUGAAAUUAAUUAGAAACGGUUUUGGUGACAUUAUAUAAGCAGGGAAAGCCUUACAAAACUUCUCCUGCGCGACAGAAUAACAACGAAGACAUUUUGAUACCUAUAUUCAGUGCAUUGCAACUAGUUUUGAAAUAGCAGUCGUUAGUAUAUUUUUGGGCUCAUUUUACAUAGUGGUCGUCUUCGCGUGACCUGCUUAUAAAGUAAUGUGAAUUUAUGAAUGUCCAAAAUGGCGGAUCGCCAAAAAUUAAUGCACAUUUCUAUUCAAAAUAUGUCAAGAAUUAGCCAAGAUAUGAAAGGAACGGCUACAUCAGGUGUCGUUUCCAUUUCAAGCCACCAAUAAAGGCAUAUCAAUUGUCAACGACAAAUCUAUUUUGACAAAGAUCUCAGAAAGAUUAAAUGAAAAAACCCUUCUCCACUUUUACAGGCAGAAAUGCUCAUCUCAUCUAUGUCGAGGGAAACUCGUGUCAACGCCGGAUUGGGCGAUCCUCCAUUACCAUACUUCAACAACAUGCCCGAGUCUGCCAACGAUAUAUAUGAUUAA